CGCGAGGAUAAAAAAAAAACAAACUUUUUAUUGUUUCUGGUUUAUAUUUUAAAUUUUCUGGCUUUCUUUUUAAUUUCUAUUUUGUGGACUGUGAUAAAGAAUUUUCAACAUGCAUAAGCUCUACAUCGGGAAUCUAGGUGACAGCGUGACCGCCGAGGAGUUGGAGAAAACCUUUGACGACCAUAAGAUCCCGUACACCGGACAGUUUCUCAUGAAAAACGGCUACGCUUUCGUGGAUUGUCCCGACGACCACUGGGCCAUGAAAGCUAUCGAGGCGUUCUCUGGUAAAGUGGAACUUCAUGGGAAACGGAUCGAGGUUGAACACUCCGUCCCCAAAAAACAAAGGACGAGGAAGCUGCAGAUCCGGAACAUCCCACCUCACCUGCAGUGGGAGGUGCUGGAUGGUCUGCUGGCGCAGUGUGGAACCGUUGAAAACUGUGAACAAGUUAACACGGAUAGUGAGACAGCAGUGGUGAAUGUCACGUAUGCAUCCCGGGAUCAAGCCAGGCAAGCCAUUCAGAAACUGAACGGGUACCAGUUUGAAAACAACGCCCUUCGCGUCUCUUACAUCCCUGAUGAGAACUCUGAAAUGGACGGAGGACAGCGGGGGCCAGAUAACGGCCGGCGCCCUGGAUACGGGCCCCGUGGUGGACUCCGCGGCGGGUCCCCCAGCUCUGGAAUGCUCACCAAAGCUCCACAUGCCGACAUCCCACUCAGAUUGCUGGUUCCCACUCAGUAUGUCGGAGCCAUCAUCGGCAAAGAGGGCGCCACCAUCCGAAACAUCACCAAGCAGACACAGAGCAAGAUUGAUGUACAUCGCAAGGAGAAUGCAGGAGCUGCUGAGAAGCCCAUCAGCAUCCACUCCACUCCUGAGGGCUGCUCGGCCGCCUGCCGCAUGAUCCUGGACAUCAUGCAACAGGAGGCUAAAGACACCAAGACGGCUGACGAGGUUCCUCUGAAGAUCCUGGCUCACAACAACUUUGUUGGUCGUCUCAUCGGGAAGGAGGGACGCAACCUGAAGAAAGUAGAGCAGGACACAGACACCAAGAUAACCAUCUCCCCCCUCCAGGACCUGACACUGUAUAACCCAGAGAGAACCAUCACUGUCAAAGGCUCCAUCGAAGCCUGCUGUCAGGCUGAGGUGGAGGUCAUGAAGAAAGUCAGAGAGGCCUACGAGAACGACAUUGCAGCUAUGAACCAGCAGACCCACCUGAUCCCUGGACUCAACCUGGGUGCUCUGGGUCUCUUCCCGUCUUCCUCCAACCUGCCCCCCCCUCCACCUGGAAACUCAGUGGGUGCCACCCCCUACGGCUGCUUCGGGGCCCCGGAGCAGGAGACGGUCCACGUUUACAUCCCAGCACAGGCGGUGGGGGCCAUCAUUGGAAAGAAAGGACAGCACAUCAAACAGCUGAGCCGCUUCGCUGGGGCCUCCAUCAAGAUCGCUCCAGCUGAGACUCCAGACUCUAAGAUGAGGAUGGUGAUUGUGACGGGACCGCCUGAGGCUCAGUUCAAGGCUCAGGGCAGAAUCUACGGUAAACUGAAGGAGGAGAACUUCUUCGGUCCAAAAGAAGAGGUCAAACUGGAAACUCACAUCAAGAUGGCGGCUGCUGCUGCAGGGCGGGUCAUCGGUAAAGGAGGCAAGACGGUGAACGAGCUGCAGAACCUGACUGCAGCUGAGGUGGUGGUUCCCAGAGAACAAACUCCGGAUGAAAACGAUCAGGUCAUCGUUAAGAUCAACGGACAUUUCUACGCCAGCCAACUGGCUCAGAGGAAGAUCCGAGACAUCCUGACCCAGGUCAAACAGCCACAGAAAGGUGGGCUGGGCAUGGGCCCCAGCCCCAACCCUCAGGGCUUCACAGAGAUGGGCAGCCCUACGCAGGGCCUGUCUCAGGACCACCAGCCACGCAGGAAGUGAGGGUCCUGCACCCUCCUCACAUGCCGUGGCCCCCUACCGCCUGACGGACCGACGGACACGUGCACAGACAGAUAGACGAAUACAGAAGAGCGACACACAGACCCAGCGAUAGACAGGGAGAGAUUUACAGAGGGAGGAAGUACGCCCGAUAGCCACUGAUAAACAUAUGACGAGAUGAAUAAAUCAGAAGAUGAAAUUAAUUAAGAUAAAAAGAAACUUGAAAACAGAGACCCGGUGCCAGGCCAGAAGAGAGACUGAGUGGGGAUGGAAGGAUGCAGGAACGAGGGAUAGAAAUAGAGGGGUGGUGUCCUCCUAGUGUGCCUUGUUCUGGCUGCAGCCAGCUCGUCCUCUGCUGCGAGUCCAACAGAACCUGCAGCAGUUUAACGAUAAGGCUGCGCUCAUCCAAACCGACCUGUCCACACCAUGGAGGGAAGGCUUGGCUUCAGUAUUCUGUCUUCUCUGAGACACACUAGCAGCGGCCCGUUUGUCCUCCUUCAUUCGCCCUCGAUAGACCUCUCCAACCAUCUGCAGUCAGCCCUAUAUUUUAAGGGUGUUUUUUUAAACAUAGAGAUAUAUGUAUAGAAAUGUUUUAUGCAGAGCUAUUAUUGAUAGAAUGCAGUGAGGCGGAUCCGGGAGAGGAAGCAGGGAAACUGCUGCAGAGGCUCAGGAGACCAGGUCGGGUCAGGUGCUCACCUAGCCCCCACCUUCACCUCCAAGCCAACGUAAAGUCUAGAAGAGGGGCCGCAGAUGUUAACACUGCUCUUUUAACACUUCUCUGGAUAACAGAGAUAGGUAGAAGAUAAAAGAAAAUGAGGUUGUAAAUAUAUCAUCUUCAUGUAAAUCUUAAGAAACGCUGCAUCUGACCACCCCGCCUCUUUUAAAGUAAACUCCCCGACCCCCCUCGUCUAUGAUGUGUAGCAUUAUGUAGCCUACGAGCAGAUGAGGGGGGAGGCGCUGAGGCAAGUGGUGUGAGGCGCAGCCAGAGACAGUAAGGGAGCGGGGUUGCAGCUGAUCCUGCAGUUCUAUUGCAGAGCCUCAGCUCACACGCCUGAUCACACAACAACCGCCAGUAGCUAUGCUAGCUGGCUAGCGGCCCGCCCCUUAAAUGGCAUAUUUUAUAUAUAUUAUAUAUAUAUGAUAUGUGAGUUAGCCCGGCCCCUCAGGUGAAUGUUUUGAAGGCAGCAAGUCAAGUGUGAAGUUUUGCUUCACCUGUAUGAAAAAGUCCUGCAGUGACAGACAGACGAGGUGCGUCUGAGACCUUCUGAUUGUUGCAUUGAUCCAGCGCUGGAUAUCCAAGGCCAGUCCUGAACAGGAUGAGUUUUCCUUCAGUGCCUCAGACCAUCGCUGCAAGUUAUCUCUGCUCUUUAAAUGAAAAUGCCUCCGAUGGUCAGACUGGUCUUAGUAGAGCGCAGGAACCAUAAAAGCAAAGUCUUCCAAAGCUCUUUGCCUUGAGGUGAGCAGUGGUUAAAAUCAGACUGAAAGGGAGCAGCUUCCUGGUUUUCUCUCCCAAUCUGCCAAAGGCCUGUGGGCGGAGCCUCCAGACCCUGCCUGCAUAUGAUAAUGAGGGGCGGGGUCAAAGUAUGGACGCUUUUGCCAAGAUUAGAACAGAUUAGAGAAGAAAUGAAAAGAAAAACCUACCUCAGGGUAAAGUUACCUCAGUAUUCCUAACUUUUUUUUGCUUGCUGUUUUAUAAGAAGAAAAUUAAGAGCUGAUAGUCCUGAAUAUUUUUAUUUUUUUAUAAAAAAAUAUUUUUUUUUUCUUAGGUAUUAACUUGUUGCUUUAGUUAUUUUUUCUUCUUUUUUUUUAACGUGUGUUUGUUGAUGGGUGAAUGAGUUCAGGAAACACUUUUUUUUAAAGCGAAGAGAUAAAGUACUGGUGUGGAUAGGAAGGGGCUGCUGUCAUUUUGCCUUUUUAGGGAGGAAACCUACUUUUCUGUCUUCCUGAAGAUGACUACAGCAGCUGUGGAGUGAAAUGGAAAACAAUGGGGAGUGGUGUCCACCGGAGAAGGGUCCUGAUGGUCUCAAGGUGACAGAUCAGUGUUUUUGAGGCUCUUUUUUCACACCCAUAAAUGAGAUUCAGACAAUCCAGAAAACACAUCCUCUAGAUGUCUCAAACUGAUUACCCUCUGCUCUGUCCACUGGCUUGUCCUGUGCUCUGUCCUCUCUCCUGUCCUCUGCUCUGUCCUCUGGCCUACCUUGGUUCUGCCCUGAGCCCUGAUGGACCCUUCUCCUCUGCCUUAUUGUGAUGUUUACCAUCUAGUGGCAGACAUGAGGGGACAUUUGUCCUUUUUAGAGGACGUGAGCUUUGAAGCGAAUCUUCAGGCUGUCCUCACCUGGACUCUGAGAACUUGUCCUCUUCGUUUGGUUGUGGGUCAUCCGCAGACGGAGGAGAACACAGCUCUGACGUCUCUGAAUGUGAAUAUUUAUUCCCGGUGCUCCGACCACGACACCCCAACGCUCCCUGUUGGCUACUUGUGUGUUUGUGUUUAUCGAUUUUAAAUGUGUUUAUUGUUUUUUUCCUUUUUUUUUUUCUAUUUUUUUGUCUUUGUAAGAGGAUGUGGUUGGCUGAAAAAAGCAGAAAAAAGUAGGACAAGAACCUAUGGCCCCUCCAUCCGUGAAUGGCGGAGGAUGGAGAGAAUUAAGAGAAAAAUGGGAGCAAAAAAACAACACUGCUGCAGAUUCAAACCUGUACGUGUUAAUCAUGAUACUUUUCUAUUUUUGAAGAAAAAAACUAUAAAAACUCGAACAGCAAAAGACGUUGAGAAAAGAGGGAUUGUGCCAGAAAACUGAAUAUUUUCCCACCAGCGCUCGCCAACACAGCAGCUAGCCCACAAGCUAACCAACAAACAGGGAGAAAUCUAUGCUGUCGUGUCUGUGCUUCCAUUUUUACCCCGAGGUGCUGAUUCCACAGCCGGACACGUCGUCCUGUGUUGGGUUUCCACCUCGAUCCAAACCAUAGAGCUCUGUUCGCAACCACCGAGACGCACUACGUAGACUCAUCAUUCAGCCUCGGCUACGAUUCAUGACUUCUGUUUCAGUUCAUUGUUUAAUUUUUUAAAAAAUACAGCAAGCUUUAUUUGGACGUGACAUCUAGGGACGUACUGUUGCACUAAUUGAUUCAAAAUGUCGACAACGUCAAACUGAGAACACCUGAUGCAAAUCUUAAAGGAAAACAAUGGAGGUCAGAGGGGGAAGAGAGGGAAAGACGAGAGGAAUGAGAGAAUGUGUUUAGAAGCUGGUUAUCAAGUGACAUUAAAAACCUCCUUUCGUACCGUUCCCCAUUUAAACCUUUCGAUUUUCUCCAUACCCUUCCGCACUCAAAGAAAAGAGCGAGAAGUUUUUAUUUCCUUUAGUUUUUUGGGCGGGCGGGAAUGUCGGGGUCCCUCGCCCUCUCUUGCGCUGGUCAUCGUGUUUGUUUUGCUCACUUCUGUUCAGGACAUUUUCAUUUUCUUACUUAAACUUUUUUUUUAAGAUGAACAGUCCGACACUCUUUUGGAAAAAUGAAAAUAGUAGAAUUUGAUCAUGUUUCGUUCAUUUCCUUUUUAAUGCACAAAUCUAUAAACAUAACGGCUACUAAAUAUUAAGCCGUACUAACCAGUAGCUCAGUACAUCUCGGUAACUGUGCCAAACCCACAGUCCAGAAUGCAGUAGAACCAUGUUCAACAUGUAACCUGGGAUCCAGACCUGAUGGAGCUGGUUACAUGGCUCAUCCCUUCCUCCCUUUUCUGUCUACAGUAGAGACAUAACAUGUUAGGGUUGACCUGAAACGGUCUGCUCCUGCUCUGUGAGAAUGUAGCAGAAAUAAUACAAGAACCCGGCAGAACUCUGCUGUCAGAACCCAGAUCUGUCUGCAGAACUCUGCCGUUAGAACCCAGAUCUGUCUGCAGAACUCUGCCGUUAGAACCCAGAUCUGUCUGCAGAACUCUGCCGUUAGAACCCAGAUCUGCUGGCAGAACUCUGCCGUUAGAACCC